AUGCCUUGCAUCGCACCCGCUGCUCCCCCUGUGCUUGUCCCCCUGCUCGCUCCCAUGUCGCCCCUCGACUGCCGCCAUCAUCGCAGCGCCCUCUGCAAAGCCGUGCUUCCCUCGUUCCCCUCGGCUGACGAGGCGCAGGUGUCGGAUCGCGCGAUCGACGUGUCAAGCUCUCCGCCAUGCCCGCUCCGCCACCACUCGCUUCCGCCGCUCGUCCUGCGCCGCCCAUCCCUGCCGCCCCUCGACUCCACCGCUCGCUCCUGCCUCGCGCCACUCCCCCCUUCCCCGCCUUCCCCCACUGCUGCUGGCAUGGCGUGCAGAGUCAAUACGACAGGCUCAGCAGUGCUUGGGGCGCCGGCAGUGCUGUCGCACGCCAGCACGCACGCGCCUAGCGCGGCCUCACCCGGUUGCGCCACCAACUGCGAUCCGCCUCACGGCUGCGGACGCGAGACGUCGUGCGCGGCGUGCGCAUGGCGACAGCGGCUGCGCGCGCUGCUGGCAUCUGCCACAACAAAAGCUCCGGGAGGCGGAGAAGGCAAGGGGCAAGUGCAGGCGGUAGCGCCGCGCGGGCCACACGGCGAAGCGCGGCUGCCGCUGGGGGAGGAGCAGCAGCGACAGGCGGUGGCGCCACUGCCGUGCAACGUGCCAUGCGUGCACAGCGCUGCGUGUGGCGCACGGGGUGGCGACAGCACGCCGUGUGCGGCAGCGGCAGCGGCAGUGCAGGGCGGUGCGAUCCAGGGGCGCGCGGAUGGCGGCGAGGUGCUCUGCACGCAUGACGCGCAGCAGCAGGAGCAGCGAGCGCGAGAGCAGGGGAAGGAGGGCGCGGUUCUAGCAGCGGUUCUAACAUCCCGCAUGGCAGCGUCGUGUGGCAGCGCCUCUCCCCAGCGGAAGAGCGCAGGUGCAGCUGGGGAUGAGCAGCGGGCAGGCAGGGGCCACGAGUGGGCUGCUUAUAGCAUGGGCGUCGCUCAGGCGCCACUAGCGGUGCUCGCACAGCGGGGCACCGAGGGAAGCCCAGCAGCAGCAGAGGCGGCAGGCGAGGAGAGCCCGCCGUGCCUGGUGCUGCCGCUGGGCGUCAGCCCUGAGCUGCUGCUCGCGUCACCAAUACUGCCGCCCUCUCAUCGCGCGUUCUGCCUAGCCACCUCGUCAGCAUCGGGCCAGGUGGUUCCAGGAGCUGGCUCACGACAGGGCUCUCACGAGCAGCACCCGCGUGCAGCUGCGCCCUGUCCCUGUGCGCGCACCAGCGCCCCUUGCACCCACCACCAUGCCGCACACCUGCCCUCCCAAGUGCGCGUGCACGACAGCUGGGCGGAGGAGGUGGGAGCGAGCACGGGGAGGGAGGAUGGCGGUGGGGCAUUCGGGAGGGAAGGCGCAGGAGUGGGGGAGGGUAAACCGAAAGGGAUGCAAGAGCAGGCGUGUGGCGAUGGAAUAGCAGAUGUUGGGAGCGCGGUGGGGAUGCACACUCGGCAGCCUGGGACUGCAAUGGAGGCACGCUGUAAGGAAGGGGCGAUGGUGGGCGGAAGCAGAGGGCUGAAACGUGUGCGGGGGGAGGAGAGAAGGACGAAGGGGGAGGGCAAGGCGGGUGAGAAGAGAGCAUCCAGCAAGAGGCAUUGUGCACCACCCGCAUUGGCCUCCCAGCCAUGCUCAAUUGCUGCUGCGGACGGCUCGCAGCAGCAGCAAGGAGUGGGGAAGAGGCAGAGCGAAGGGCAAGGGAGUGAGGGGCAGGGUGGAGGCAAGGGUGCGAAAGUGGUGGUGCGCGUGGCACAUGAAGAGGAGGCGGUGGAGGAUGGGUACCGGUGGCGCAAAUACGGUCAGAAGGUGGUGCAAGGAAAUACAUACCCUCGGAGCUACUUCAAGUGCAGCCAUCCAGGAUGUGUGGUACGCAAGCAUGUGGAGCGAUCGAGCCACCCACCCUUUGACGUGGUAACCACAUACGAGGGCCGGCACAACCACGACCUCCCAGCAGCGAAGCCAGGCCACGUGUACAUGUGCUUCGAGGGGGAGGGGGUGUUCACUGUGUCUGCUGUGCCUGUAAAGGGUGUUGCUGCAAGCAGGGCUGAGAGCAGUGGAUAUGGAGAGAUUUAG